GCCGGAGCGAACACACGUACUAGCCGGUACCGCGAGUGAUACGCCACGCGACCCGCAUGUGCUUUAGUGAUCCUUUAGUGCUCUGAAGUGGAUACUCGAAACGGAACCGCUGGGCCGAUCGGCCCGGGCGGUAUGGAAUCACCGCAAAUGUACGACGCGGCCGGCGCACCGCCGCCGCCGCCACAACCAGACCUUAAGAAGACUAACGACGACAAACGUACCAACUACCAAACACCAGACUUAGACCCCCGGCACCUAGACUCCGAUCUCAAUGAACAGGAAAUCAGUUUGGACCUACAACACCUCAUCGAGGACCAGUUCCGCGGUGAGGAAACGAUGGCCCUCUUCCAGGAAAUACUUCCGGGAGGACGAUCACCCCAACAGAGGCCCUUCGCACGCACUACCUUAGCAUAUAUGCCGCAGCCGGUGCAUUCCGGUGCGUCAUACGCUGCCCCAGUUCAACCUAAUUCACACGAACAAGCACCGCCAAUUAAGGAGGAGCCCCCGGAACCACACGAUUUCAGAAGAUCUGUUACUUGUGCCCAGUACACUGGACAGUACAAUCCUCAACCGCCAGUUGGUGUAAGUGGGCCGUAUGGGGGUGGAUUUACUCCAUUACCACCACUAGGAGCUCCGCUUCUACCACCUUUGUUAAAGCACAAACCGCCACCCCCAAGACGCUCGUCUGGAAAAGGGUUAGAUAAAGGUACAGAUGAGUACAGAAGGCGAAGGGAACGCAAUAAUAUUGCAGUGCGAAAAUCACGUGAAAAGGCUAAAGUGCGUUCUAGAGAGGUGGAAGAAAAAGUUAAAACCUUAUUAAGGGAAAAAGAUGCUUUGUUAAAGAGGCUAGAAGCCGUCACCGGGGAGUUAAGUUUGCACAAACAAAUGUACGUUCAUCUGAUAAAUCUGAAUCACCCAGAGAUCACGGAACUGUGCAGGUCGAUGCUGCAGCUAGGAGCGCCGCAUGCGCCGGAUCAUACGCUCUGACCAUAGAUUAAAGAAAUCAGAGAGGCUCCGUGACACGAUGUUAUUAGGUUUUAGUUAGCAAAUUUAUUUUGUGAUUAACUUUGUCUGCAUUUUGUGAAUACGACGUUCCAUUUUGAACUUAAAGCUUAUACUAUAUAUACAUAAAAAAACUUUUAUUAUAUUUUCAUAAAAUGCAGAGAAUCGGCCUUACACGAUAGUGAUCUCAAAUAUCAAGUAUCGCCGAUUGAAGUAUAUAAUAUCUAAGAACAUAAGAAAUAUAAACGACAAUAAUUAUUAUUAAACUUUGAAAGUUUUAACUUUUUUAAUCUGUAUUGUACCGUCUUGAAACUGCCAAAUUUUGACAAUAUACUCUGUUUAACUAAAGAUUUGUCGAAAUGUAUAGUAUUGAGCCCAACAGAUCACUGCCAAUACGGUCUUAAAAACCUUAAACAUAAGUAAUUUCAUCAAAUCAGUCUUUUAAAUUGAAUAAAGACUGUCAAAAACUAGAUGCCGCUAGCGUCGCUCAAACAUUGGUACAUUUCUGUAAUUAGUUACUUAGAAUAAUUGUAAUUAUUAUGUAAAUUUGUUGUAUAUAAUUUGUCUUUGUUAAUAAAAUCCUAAUUACGAUUUAUGUCGUGAAUUUUGUAUGUGACGGCUUACGACUGACAUUGUAUCGAAGAUUUUGACGUUUUCACGUGACUUAAUGUAAAUAUACAGUAAGAGUAAUUUUGGGGUAAGAUAUUAUGUUGUUUACUAAAAAGUUUAUUCCUAAACAGUACCUUUAAAAUGUCGUUUAGUUAGCGUAGGUUAAUAAAAACACGGUCUGGGCACUCCCGGAUGAUAAGUACAAGAAAUUGUUUUAUAUAAGCGUUGACACAUUACACAGAGCAUAGUUUAUUUUCUAUUGCAAAUUUACAUGUAAUCUGUUUUGCUUGUUUUUAUCUAUGGACUUCAAUAUCAACGCUAUAUUUAAAUCACGGGUUUGGUACAUAUUACAUAAGUUAGAGGCUGCUAUUAUAUACAUUGGUCUAAUCCCAAUAAGGUGAAAAUAAUAUAAGAAAUGGUGAUUUAUAAACGGGUUUUGAAACAAAUGGUUACCAUACUGAUCCUACAAAUAUUAGAAUAGACAUACGCUAUUUUCAAAACGUGUUUUUACGCCACGCACUAAUGGUGCUUCGAACAAUUAGUGUGUGAACGAAUCUACUUAUAAAAAAUAGUUGUAAAAGAAAUCCGUCCCGAGUUAUAUAUUCUUAUUCAUUGUAAAAAUAUACUAAGAGGAUUUUUAAGAAUAUAUUUUCACUACUUAAGUAUAUAUAGAUUUUUAUAAACGAUCGUGUUUUUAUUUUUAAUGAAUAUUUUGGUAUGCUGUGUGAGAAGGCCUUUAAGAAACAAAGUUUCUCCCUUUGCAUUUUCCGUGCGUCAUUAUCUGUGGGAACCAUACAUGAUACCUUUGACAGUUGUGAAUGUAGUCUGUGGUUGAAAUCAAUUUUAUUUAUAUUAUUUAAUUACACAGAUAAUGACGCAAUUUGUUAUUUUUAUUCUAUCUUUUAUCGAAAUGGUGCUACGUUUGUUUUUUUUUCUUUUUUCAGAGCCAAAGACUUGUUUUCCAUCUUGUUCUGUUUUGUAUAUUUUUGCUUGAAAUCUUUUUUCUAAGAAAUAUUGACGGCCUCGA